CAUCUACAGCGGCAUAGAAAAUUCGGCAAAAUAAACCCCAUAAACCAGUAGUACUGAUUGACUUGCGAUGAAACCAUUUCAUUUGAUUCCUUCUUGGGCUGGGUCUGGGUGUGAUGGAAAGCCUUCUUCGCCUAUGCUUCUUUUGGCUUUCUUUAUUGAUCCUGCUACUACCAACGUACUGGCAUCAUCAUCAUCAUCCCGCAGGCGCAUGGGCUGCGGCGAGUGGGCCGGAGACGGAGUUCCCGGGCCGGGAGCUUCUGGAGUCGGCGAGGGAGCCCGAGUUCUUCGAGUGGCUGAGGUGGGUCCGGAGGAGGAUCCACCAGUACCCGGAGCUGGCGUUCGAGGAGCACAACACGAGCCGGCUCGUGCGAUCCGAGCUCGACUCGCUCGGGGUAGAGUACGCCUGGCCGUUUGCCGGGACUGGGGUGGUGGCUUCGAUUGGGUCUGGGGAGAAGCCCUGGGUUGCUCUCAGGGCUGACAUGGACGCCCUCCCCAUUCAGGAAUUGGUAGAGUGGGAGUACAAGAGCAAGGUUGAUGGUAAAAUGCAUGCUUGUGGCCAUGAUAUUCACGUAACAAUGCUGCUUGGGGCUGCCAAGUUGCUUCAGGACAGAAAGGAUAAACUGAAGGGCACUGUCAAGCUCGUUUUCCAACCCGCAGAGGAGGGUUGUGGUGGUGCUUACCAUAUGCUGAAAGAAGGUGCUCUAGAUGGGGUUGAAGCCAUUUUCGGGUUACAUGUUUGGCCUCAAUUACCCACGGGUAGCAUCGGUUCUAGACCUGGUCCCAUGAUGGCUGGCUCAGGCAGGUUCACAGCAGUAAUUCAAGGGAAAGGUGGACAUGCGGCUGCCCCACACAGAACUAGAGACCCCGUUCUUGCUGCAUCGUUGUCAGUUCUUGCACUCCAACAGAUUGUUUCCCGAGAGACAGAUCCCCUCGAGGCUAGGGUAGUCUCAAUUGGGUUCAUCGAAGGUGGCCAAGCAGGAAAUGUAAUCCCCGAGACUGUGAGAUUCGGUGGCACUUUCCGAAGCAUGACUUCUGAAGGAAUGUCAUAUCUUCAGCAAAGGAUCAAAGAGGUCAUUGAGAUUCAAGCAUCUGUGCAUCAGUGUUCUGCUGUGGUGGACUUCAUGGAAGAGAAACUGAGGCCUUAUCCGGCAACCGUUAAUGACGAAGCAAUGUACAGACACACUAAGAGGAUCGGAGAAACAUUGCUUGGGGAAUCCAAUGUGCACCUUGUUCCGAUGACUAUGGGAGCAGAGGACUUCAGCUUCUAUUCUCAGAAAAUGGCGGCUGCGUUUUUCAGUAUAGGGGUCAUGAACGAAACAAUGAAAUCGCAUCGAAAUCUGCAUUCCCCGUACUUUAUUGCUGAUGAGGAAGUUCUUCCCAUUGGAGCAGCUCUCCAUGCUUCGAUUGCGCUCUCUUACUUAGAUGACUAUGUCCAGGCUCAGUAGAUACUUUGACAUGCUGUCCUCUAUCAUG